AUGAGUUUGGCAGUUGAACCAAAUCCUAGCUUCGAGUAUCCACCCAGUUCAGAGAAUGACGGACGAGUGAGCCAUCGUCAAAAUAAGCGUGACCGCCGACUUCAAGUAUCUAGCUUGGAGAGCGAGGAUCAUCCAUUAUCUGACAGAGACGGUGAGGAUGAGAGUUAUAACAGCAAUGUGACCGAUAAAGCUCUUGAAGUUGAUAAAAAUGAAAGCAAUGUUUCAAAUGGUCGAAUAGUAUUGCAAACAUCGCCUAAUUAUACACAUAGACAGCCACAAUUAUCCUCUUCAUCCACAAUCAGUUCCACAUCUUCGUCCAGCUCAGAUCUGGGUGAGGAUUUGGGUGCCACCAAUCAUGCUACCAGUGAUACCGAUUUGUCAUUAUUGGACAGCUCUAGCUCCUCAAGAAGCUCAACUGUUGGUCCCAAUAAUAAUAAUUUAACGGCGACACCUUCAGGAGCUGGACAAAAUGAGAGUAAUUGGUCGUCGAAGCAACGUCAUUCUCACCGUCUUUCACUGUCCACCAUUAGCAACAGCUCGCUAUCAGCCACCACUCCUCCUGGAGCAGUUAGGAAAAAGAGACUUAGUAUGAAUUUUGCACCAUUGCCCGUAAUUGCAUCGAGUGGAACAGCAGGAAAUCCAUCGGGUACUAGUGUAAGCUCGCACAUAUCACAUCAUACCUCACCCACCAUUCAAGAGAACAGAAGGAAAACUACUUCCAUGUCGAUGUCUUCGAAUGCGUUGAACGCAUCCGGUUCACCUAAGCUGAAAAAUUCGAUUUCGACUAUGGGAUUAGGACAUGCGCCGAAACCGCAAACAAGCCCUCAAAACGAGACAUUUGCCGCUUUUGGUGCAAAUAAAAAUGCUGGCGCUACAGCCCUCUUUGUGUCUCCUAUGGACCAUUAUCUUAGCCAGUUAGCUGCAAAGGAACGUAAAGUCGUAGAACUUAAAGAUGAAAUCAAGAGAGCACAGGCUGAUCUCAAAAGGGCCGAACUCGAAUUGAAACUUUUCCGAGAAGGGGCAAGCCAAGCACUUGCACCACCUAGAGUUUCAGCUGACGAAGAACGACAAAGACCUUCUGGACCACCGUUGCUUGUUUCUCAUAGGUUUGGUCCUUCCGGGGAACCUUUGAAUACAAGUUCUCAGCCAAAUAUAGCAUCUUCAGCAUCAUCGAAUACUGGUAAUAAGAAUCAACUUCAGGAUUCGAAUUUAAAUUCCUUAGCGCAUAAUACCGGUGGUUCUAACUAUAGAACACACGCACACUCCCAUUCGACGUCAAGCUCAAGCUCCACUCAGUCACAAUCUAAUGCAUCCCAACUAAAGGUUCCUCCAACUAGGCGUAAUCGAGUAUCUGCCAUGUUUUCUCCUGACAGUACCAAUCACGAUGGCUUCGACUUUGAUAGCUACACACCACCGGCAGCAGCUUCAUUUCAGCCAUCAUCUUCAUCUGUAUCUGAACGUGUAUCAUCGACUGGUAGCAAUGGAUCUUAUGGAGCAUGCCUUGAUCCCGAUCGAUCUCCGCCAGGAAAGAGGGCCUCAGCUCAAAUGCAGUCAAUAGCUGAUUUGGAGUGGUCGUCAAGACCACAUUUCCCUCCCAAAGAUGAUGUUAUAAAUAUGGGUAAACGGGUAGUUGAAGAGUUGGGUUCGCAGUUUUGGGGUCUGUUUGAAGAUAUAAAGAAUGUUACUAUUGGAGAAGAACCACGGGAAUAUCCGAAUCAAAACGAUCAGUAUCAAAGGAGCUCUGUUCAACAAAAUCAAACGAAUGGAAGGAGGACCAACAGCUAUUAUAUUCUAUAA